UGAGUGUCCUAAUAGAGACUUCGGUUGGUGACUUAGUUAUAGAUCUUCAUGUGGAUGAAUGCCCGCGAACAACACUCAACUUUCUAAAACUAUGUAAAAUAAAAUAUUACAAUUUCUGUUGUUUUCACAACGUACAAAAAGAUUUCAUGGUACAGACGGGAGACCCAACAGCAACAGGAAAAGGUGGUGAAUCGGUAUAUGGGAUUAUUCAUGGUCCACAGAAACGAUAUUUUCCCGCGGAAAUACACCCGAAACUGAAGCACAAAAAUAUCGGCACAGUUUCAAUGGCUGUUGCGAGUGAAGGAGUUGAAGGUGGUGGUGUUAGUGGGUCUCAGUUCUUUAUCACGACUGGCGAGAAUCUUGAUUACCUUGAUGGCAAGUAUACUGUGUUUGGUGAAGUGGCCGAAGGAUUUGAUGUUCUUGAAACAAUAAAUAAUGCCUACUGUGAUGAUACGGGCAGGCCUUAUAAAGACAUUCGGAUCAAGCAUACAAUAGUGCUCGAGGAUCCAUUUCCCGAUCCCGAAGGAUUAGAGGUCCCCGACAAAUCUCCGUUACCCAGCAAAGAAAUGCUCGAAACCAUACGUAUCGCAGAAGACGAAAGCAUUGAACCAGAACUUCCACCUGAGGAGUUGGAAAAAGAACAACGAAGAAAAGAGGCUGCUGCUCAAGCGUUGACCUUGGAAAUGAUUGGGGACAUUCCAUUUGCCGAGGUGAAACCCCCAGAAAAUGUGCUCUUUGUGUGUAAACUUAAUCCAGUGACACAGGAUGAGGAUUUAGAGUUGAUCUUUUCACGAUUUGGAACUAUUAAUAGCUGUGAAAUUAUUCGUGAUAAGAAAACUGGCGAUUCGUUGUGUUAUGCUUUUAUCGAAUUUGAUAAGCAGGAGGAUUGUGAGACGGCUUAUUUUAAAAUGAACAAUGUUUUAAUUGACGAUCGACGAAUUAAAGUUGAUUUCUCGCAAUCCGUCGCGAAAAUCCAUAGUGAUUGGCUAUUAUCGAGAAAUAAAAGAAUGAAUACAGGUGGUUACGGUGGCUCUGAAACUUUGGAACAGCGUACAAAGUAUCGUGCUGGUGAUACUGCACCCCAAAAUCAUUAUAAAAUGGUUUUUGAUGAGGAAGAAAGGAAGCAUUCCUCAAUAGUUAUGAUCGUUCCCGAGAUCAUGACAGACCCCGAGAUUAUGACAGACGUGAUUAUUCUGAUAGAUAUCGGUCGAGAUCUCAUUCGAGGGAUCGAAGGAGUGAGAGAAGACGCUAGCAAUAAAAAAUGA